AUGUCUCAAGUGUCGAAUUUGGAGCUCUGUAAUCUCGCUUAUGGAGGCCACGAGCCGCUGCUCAACACCAGACUAGAAGAAGAGCCAAAUCUAGUCGACAAACAAGACAACGGCGGCCGAACAGCACUUCACUGGGCAUCCUGCACGAAUAACGUCGACAUAGCAAAGCUCCUCAUCGCGAAAUUCAACGCCAAAGUGAACGUCAAAGAUGACAUGGGCUGGGGCAGGUUUUUUCAACCCUUCUUUUUGACGCCCCUUCAUUGCGCUGUUUCCGCUGGAUCGGAUGAGAUUACUGAGAUUUUACUUGCAGCCGGGUCUGGAGUAAAUGCGAGAACAGUCAACUGCCAAGUCCCGCUCCACUAUGUUGCCAGCAAAAACCACACUCAUAUUCUUCCAAUGCUGCUUUCCCGUGGAGCAGAGCCCGAUGCUCAAGAUAAAUACGGUCAUUCUCCACUUCACAGAGCCGCUUCAAAAGGAUACGAUAAGGUUAUAGAAAUGAUGAUACAGUACAAUCCGAUGAUAGAUGUUCGAGACAACCUUGGCAAUACUCCUCUACACAUGGCUUGUGAAGAAGAUCGCCUUUCAACCGCGUUUUUUCUGCUUGAAAUUGGGGCUGAUCCAACCAUCACUAAUACAGAAGAAAAAACGGCUUUUCAACUCUGCUCCGACUCGUUGCGAGCUAAACUUGUUAAGAAAAAAUCUCGUCGCUCCGCAUAA